AUGCCGGAUCUUCCGACGCUAGUCUUCAUACCUGGCUCCUGGCAUAGACCCACAUGCUAUGACAAGGUGACCAAAAUCCUUCAUGAGCAGCAUGGAUUAAAGUGUGUCUCAAUCGCCCUCCCAUCAACGACGGGAAACCCGGCUGCGACCUUCAAAGAUGACAUUGAUGCUGCCCGUAAAGCUAUAUCCAGCGAGACAACCCAGGGGCGCAAUGUGGUUGUCCUUGCACACUCGUACGGCGGCAUGAUUGGCAAUAGCGCUAUCAAGGGUUUCACGCGGCCACAAGACGCCACCGCCCAAACGGGAUACGUUAUCGGUCUCGUCCUCAUAGCCACUGGCUUUACACUGACAGGACUGGCCUUCAUGGAUCCGUUCUUCGGCCGUCCACCUCCUUCCUGGCGGGUCAAUAGCGAGACCGGCUAUGCUGAGCUUGUCGCUCCUCCACGUGAGCUUUUUUAUCACGACUUGCCGGCGGAAGAGGCUGAAUUUUGGGUUUCUCAGCUCACGACCCAGAGCCUGAAAGCAUUGUUCGAGGGUGGUGAGCAUGCAUAUUCUGGUUGGAAGGAUGUGCCUGUCUGGUAUAUUGGCACCGUCGAGGAUCGGGGUUUGCCGGUGUUGGUGCAACGGAUGCAGGUGGGUAUGGCAAGGGAAAUGGGUGGUAGUGUCGAGCAUAGGGAGCUACAGACCAGUCAUUCACCAUUUCUGAGUCAGCCAGAUGUGACAGCAAGGAUCAUACUGGAGGCAGUCGAGGCGUUUACAGUCAAGCAAGCGGGAAAUGAAUCUACAAUGAGUGGACGUGGCGAUGCGAUAUCAGUGCCGAUGGCCAGGCUUUGGCAGCCUUUCACAUGGAUUAGAUUUGGACUACCGCUGGCCCUGGGUCACGUAGUAGGAAGGUGUGUCCUCCUGUUUAGCUGGGGGAGGAAGUUAUGGAGGUCUGGUUUCAGGUAA